AUGCACCAUACUUCAAGAGUGUGGAUGUUCCAUGGCUUACUCAAGGUGGCAAUUAGGUUGAAGCCCAAGGUCUUCACCGAGGUGGGGUCUGGUAAAGGAGGGUGUGUUAACCCGGAGACGGCUUUACCUUAUCCGCCUGUAUGUAUAACGGGCUCUGAGAUCAUCGGCCCGCCUGUAAUACAGGCUCUGAAAUCAUCGGCCAGGUACUCUGAAAUUGUCAUUUCUAUGCUUGUACAAGGUAGCCGUUCCAGCAAAGCGGACGAAAUGCUGUUCUGUAAAGGGUACAAAAAGAUAGUGCAAGAGUAUGUUUGCAACUUUAAAAUGGACAUAGUGAUGUUGGACAUACUUGAGAACCGUGUACGAGAAAUCACCAUGCUUGACCAAGAAAUGAAUAUAGUUCCAUCUUCAUGGUUGGCGUACCUUGAACAAUUCAUAUUGAAGCCAAUGUGGUAUCUAAAUGCUUCAAGAACCACGCUUUUUAUUUUCCUUUUAUAA